CGUUCACUACUUAUGAAAUAUCGGUUGCUGCUGGUAAUCACUAUGGCUACGGUAGAAAGGCAAUAAUUCUGUUCUCAACAUCGGAAGAAGGCUGUUUUGAACAUUUAGCCCCAAGUGGUCCUCCAAUGAACAUGAAAGCAAUAUCAAGAAGUGCAUCUUCGUUGCUCCUUGUCUGGGAUCCUCCGGAGAAAAGUAAACAAAAUGGCGUCAUUACCAGUUAUACUGCGUGCGUUUCACAUUCAAAGAAUGGAUGUUGCUUUCAGACAUUCAUCACAGGUGAAAAAGAGUGGCUUGUACGGAAUCUGAAUCCAGUAACAAAUAAUUAUUUUGCCAUUCUGGCCAGUAAUAAAGCUGGAAGGAGUAACUACAGCAAUAAGGAAGGAAUUUUAACGAAUGGACGAGCAGUGAAAAAAGCAAUUGGAGGAACACCAAGUACACUUAACUUUUCUUUGGAAAUUCCUACAAUAACGUUCGAGUAAGUAUUCGAUCAAUUAAGCGUGGUCGGCGAGAGAGGGAAGUGGGAGGAGAAAAACACCCGGGGUCAAAUACUGUACGUAAAAGGUUCAUAUCGCGGAUCGAUCACCUUGCAUUCACAAGGUUUAGCAAAGUUGUAUAAAAUGAUGUUUGCCGAAGCUGAAAAUUCAACCAAUCCACAACCGUAUAUCGCCGCAGUAUUCUCAUCCAACAAUAUUAAGGAAAACAUGUUUGUACUUGGUGAUGGCAGAAUUACAAGUGAUUCAAUAAGUGAUACUUCGCAUUUCAAAGAAUAUCUUAAUGGUCCGCUGGAGCCUGGCACUGGUUACAGUAUUUUUCAAAGGAUUAUCAUCAAUGACAAGGGAGAUUAUUACUCGACUGACUGGAGUCCUGUUUCACAAACGACAAGUCAUCCAGUCCAAGCUUCAUGCACGAAGUCAGAGGGAAACGACGCUGGUUCUAAUUCUUAUCUUGUCGGAAUGAUUGUAUUAAUCAUUCUCCUGAUUGCUUCGUUCGUAAUCAUUGCUUGUUUGGCUUAUCAAAAACGUAGAUCCAGAUUACAAAACACUUCGGGCAAUAGUACAAAGGAGGAUAAAAAUAAUCCGGCAUAUAUUUCUAAUGUACCAGAAACUAGUAAUGCAAAUAUUUACGACCCCGUGGACGAUGAUCAGGCGACGUAUACCGAACUUCAGAAGAGAGAAAGUGAUGAUCACUUAUACUGUCACUUAAUUAAAGUACAAAAUAACUAGAGAUAUAUAACAAGAGAGAUAAAGGGGUAGAAACUAAUAGGGUGUUU